AUGUUAACAAAUACUUCAGCGGUAAAACGUUUAUCAUCAUUGAGUAAUGAUUUACUAAAUUCCACGGUGACACUUUUAAAUGCUGUGAAUAUCCAAGCUGUCAUCUUUUCAUGGAACACAGGUGACUGUUCGUAUCCAGCUUCAGUGGCCAAUACGCAUCCGACAAUCUAUGUUAGCAGUCCAAUUUGCUUUACUCCAACAUCUACAAUCAGUAAUUUAUUACAGUUAACAAGCACAAAUGACCAAUUGGGACAGGCAGCUAUUUCAAUAAUGAAUUCGUUUUCAUUGCACUAUUUUUCAAUUGUUUUAAGUAAUUCGAAUACGUUUUAUGCGGGUUUAGCCCGACAGUUCUCGAGCUAUUUGACACAACAAAGUUUUAUUCUUGAACGAACAAUAUCUUUAACGAAUUUCUCAUCUGCAUUUUCAACCAAUACAUUCAAAACUCGCGUAUUUUUUAUUAUAUGUUCGUUAAACGACGAAAUAAAUCUUUAUUCAAGUAUUUCUUCCUUGUAUCAAUCCAUAACAUCAACAAUCGGCAAUGUUGUUUUUAUAUUUGUUCGUUGGUCACAUCACUUUUUAAGUUUUUAUACGCAACAGUUUUUACCAAACACCACAUCCUAUACAUCAACAAUGUUUCCUAUCCUUCAUCUCUUGCCAGUCGAUAGUGGAAUGACAAACAGUUUUGAGUCGAUGGUCUCAAACUAUCAACAGCAAAUCCUGAAUCCAUCACCAUCAGUUGCCUUUUCCGAUGACGUUAUUUUUGCUCUGAGUGAACUUGAAAGUAUGCUUUUGCUUGAACAAUCGUUACCAACAAAUUUAACAUCGACAAGCUGGUCGACUUUAUUUGGUUCGAUUACAUUCAGUAGUACUCAACAACGUUCAUUUCAAUACUAUUUUAUCGGCCGGGAAUGCAAUGGUACUUGGACCACAUUCAAAUUCCUUGUGAAUUCAAAUUUAACAAAUUAUGAUUUGGGCUCAACAAAUUGUAUUACUUAUCCAAAUAGUGACAUAAUCUAUGCGGAAGAUAGUGGUUGGCGUACUUUGCGCAUCGUUCUUUUAUCAUUAAUGGGUGUUGUUAUUGCAUGUGUUGCUGCAUUAAUUGCUUUCUUUGUUGUUCGAAAUCAACGUAAUCGUAAACAAAUGUCUCGCGGGCCGAAUAAGAUCAUUUUAUUACCCGAUGAUUUAAUGUUUGUUAUGCCAAAAGGUUCAAUAUUCACCAGCAAAGUUAAUUUGAAAAACGAAGCGCACGAACGGAGUAAUGUCUCGAUUCGAAGCGAGGAAAUUCAGGCUGGAAAAACAGCUCGUUAUAAUGGUGAUUUGGUGGAAGUAAAAAAAUUACACAUCGGUCCGCUAUCUCUACGUACAAAGGUGAUGCGUGAACUGAGAUUAUUAAAAGAUUUGCGUCAUGAAAACGUCAAUACUUUUAUCGGGCUUUUCAUUGAUCAAAAUGCGCCAGCGUUAAUAUUCGAAUAUGGACAUCGCGGCAGUCUUGAAGAUAUCCUUAAGAAAGAAGAAAUCAAACUCGACUGGAAUUUCAAAUGGUCGAUGCUGAAUGAUUUAGUUCGCGGUAUGAGAUAUUUAACUAAUUCACCGAUACGAUGUCACGGAAAUUUGAAAUCGAGAAAUUGCAUUGUUGACUCACGGUGGGUUUUGAAGGUAACGGACUAUCAUUUGAAUGAAAUGUAUUCGCUACAAAAUGCACCGCGACAAGUUGACAUCGGUGAUUUAUUAUGGAUGUCACCUGAACAUAUUCGAACGUCAAUUAUCAAGAAUGACGUAGCAACAGUAAUGACAAGUUCAGCGGCUGGUGAUGUUUAUAGUUUUGGUAUUAUUAUGCAAGAAGUUAUUCUUCGCGGGCCACCAUUUUGUAUGCUUGAUCUAACAACACAAGAAAUCAUUGCGAAGAUAAAGAAACCACCGCCAUUAUUGCGACCGUCUGUGUCUAAACAAGUCGCGCCACCGGAAUAUAUCAACUCGAUGAAACAAUGUUGGGCCGAGCAAGCAGAAACAAGACCAUCGUUCAAUGAUCUCGCUCAAUCUAUCAAAUCACUCAAUGGUGGAAAGAAAGUUAAUAUUGUCGAUACGAUGUUUAAAAUGUUAGAACAGUACUCGAACAAUCUCGAAGAUUUGAUCAAAGAACGAACUACACAACUUGAAGAAGAGAAAAAGAAAACAGAUAAGUUGUUAUCCCAAAUGUUACCACCGAGUGUCGCAGAUAGUCUUAAAUCGGGCAAAGCUGUGGAAGCUGUUUGGUACGAAUGUGUUACAAUUUACUUUUCUGAUAUUGUGGGAUUUACAACAAUAUCAGCAUUGAGUAGCCCCAUGGAAGUUGUCGAUUUACUUAAUGACUUGUAUACAAUGUUCGAUUCCAUUUUGGAGGAUUUCGAUUGCUAUAAAGUUGAGACAAUUGGUGAUGCUUAUAUGGUUGUCAGUGGUCUUCCAAUUGAGAAUGGAAACAAACAUGCUUCAGAAAUAGCUACUAUGGCAUUGACAUUGUUAUACGCUUGCGGAAAAUUCAAAAUUCGUCAUAUGCCCGGUGUGCCAUUGCAACUACGUAUUGGAUUACAUUCAGGUGCAUGUGUUGCAGGUGUUGUUGGUUUGAAAAUGCCUCGAUAUUGUUUAUUUGGCGAUACUGUUAAUACAGCUUCUCGAAUGGAGUCAACUAGCAUGGCUUAUCGAAUACAUUCCAGUGAAACGACAGCCGGUUUGCUCGAAGAAAUUGGAGGUUUUAAGUUGGAAUAUCGCGGUAUUACGGAAAUUAAGGGUCGAGGUAACUAUAAGACUUACUGGCUUAGCGGCAAAGAUGGUUUUGAUAAGGAAUUACCCGCGCCAGUCAUAUCGGAAAAUAAUCAUGGUCUUGAUAAAGAAUUGGUAAAACUCGCAGAAAAAAGUGCACGAGAACGCGAGAAACGUGAACGCGAAAAGCAUGAGCGUGAACAACGAGAACGAGAGCGACGCGAACGUGAGGCUACAGAAGAUACAGCGAUAACAACGUCAACAAAUAAUGAAAUUCACGUGAAACCGAUCAUUGAAACAGUGCCACCUGAUUCAAAACCGAAAUAUGCGAAAGUUAAAAAGAGUAAUGGUGAUCACGACGUGAAUCCGACAGAUGAUUUAUUGAGAUUCAGUCCACCACUUGAUCAACAGCAACCUUCGCGUGUAUCAAGUUCAAUCGAACAUCCUACACCAAGUGUGCUUCCAGCUAAAUUACAACAAAUGGACGGACCAAGUGGACCAGUAAGAAAGUCGACGAAAGCAAAAUGGUGA